ACAAGGGGACACGGGGGACAGAGAGGGAGGCCGGAGCUUCGGCGCGGGGACGCCGAGUCCCAGAGAGGGAGAGUCGGGCAGGAAGUCCGCGGCGGGACGGCAGAGCCGGCUCGGCCACCUCGAGGGCCACGGUUUCCAGGCGGUUCCUGAGGUCUGUGAAACAGUGAUCUUCGCAGGUGCCUGCCCCUCUGUUCUCUGCCCCCAGUCCUAGCCCUCGGGGCAUCAUCGCAGCCUAGAAAAAUGAGGACCCGGAGGUGGAAAGACCCCGGCUUCGAGGAGGCGGGGCACAGCCAGGGUAGGAGAGCAUUGCCCAGCUGGGCAACCCAGCUGGCCCGGUCCUGGAUUACAGGUUCAGAGUGGUUUCACUUCCAUUCUUUUAGGGGUGAGUGCGGGCCGAGCAGGAUGGCACUGGUGACCGAGAGACUGAGGUGGGGAGGGGAGGAAGACGCGUGGUGGGACCCUGUCCUCCCCUUCCCCACCUGCUCGGCAAUUCAGCCAAGACUCUCGAAAAGUCUGGCGGCAAUCACAGCCUCUCUGUGCCGCCUGGUGGCGGCAAGGAAGAAAGGCAAGAGACCGUGACCCUGAUGAGAAAGAAAAGGAAAUUCGCAUAUAGGGUCAAUUGCCCCUAUGGCUCUGGGAGAGUUAGUGUCUGGCCAAUAAGUGAAUCUACCACCUCAUCUGCUGGAAGGGUACCAUCCCCCAGCUCACCCAUUCUGCCCUGGUGGCCCGGAUCCUGUCCCACAUCCCCCAUGAUUUUCUGCUCCUCCUGCUCCUGCUGGGCUGGGCCUGAGUCACUUCCCAGUCGGCACUCUGGGAAAGACGGUGCAGGACCCACGAUCCCAAGUGACAGGCUCAGGCUGCAGUGCCUGGCUCUCCGUCUUCCAGCCAGCCAGGCCUUUCCGGGGCCUAGUCUCUGAUUCUUCCUUUGUGUAAGAAGACAAUUGGGCAACUGCACCUGGAGGCUCCUUCCUGGGCUGUCCCCAGAUCCACAACAGAAUCACAUCAUUUUGAAAUACUCAUGGCAGAGGAAGGGGCCAUCCUCACCCGGAACCUGAAAGCUGCCGUCUCCGCCAUUCUCCAGGGCUACCCGGACGGGCAGCCUCCAGUGACAGACACCAGCGCUGAGCUGCACAGACUCUGUGGCUGCCUGGAACUGCUGCUGCAGUUUGACCAGAAAGAGCAGAAGAGCCUCCUGAGGCCUCGGAAGGAUUACUGGGACUUCCUCUGCACUGGCCUGCGGCAACAGCGGGGCAGCACGGAGCCGGCCCGUUUUGUCCAUUCACAGGACAAGUUGAAGACUCCUCUAGCAAAAGGCCGUGCCUUCAUCCGCUUCUGCCUAGCCCGCGGACAGCUGGCCGAGUCCCUGCAGCUCUGCCUUCUGAACCCAGAGCUCAUCAGGGAAUGGUAUGGCCCCCGGAGCCCUCUGGUGUGCCCUGAAGUCCGGGAAGACCUCUUGGAUUCUCUCUAUGCUCUCAAUGGAGUGGCCUUCGACUUGGACCUGCAGUGGCCAGACCUAGAUGAAGCCUGGCCCAUGUUCUCAGAGUCCUGUUGUUCCAGCCGGACCCAGAGAAGAAGACCCAGAAAGACCAAAGAUACCCCAAAGCAGCUUCCUGGCACCAGGUACAGACACCGAGAGGACUCAGCCUCUGCCCAGAAGGGGGAACACCUUGCGACACAACCUGUUAAGUGCAGUGAUGUUGCCAUGCACGGAGGAACAGGGGAGCAUGGAGAAGGCUUCUCGAGAGAGAUGUCAGCCACACGUGGAGACCCCACAGGAGUCCAGCCAGAGGAGCCACACGCGAGCCAGACUGGCUGUCUGCAAGAUGCACCCCGGGAAGACUGGUUAGCGGGGCUCCCCAGGUCUCAGCCACAGAAGCAUCUUCCUCCCUUUUUGGAAAAGAAGAGAGAAGAUCCCAGGCACCUCGGGUCACAGCAGGGCAUGUGGGGACCAGCAGGGGAAGGACAUCAGCAAGCCCAGGAGAAGGGAGCCCCAAGAACUGGGAUCUGCCUGGAGAUUUCAACACCCAGCAUCCAGGGACAAGGAGAGGAGUCUGAGGGGGCUCCAAAGGAGGUGAAAGGGACAGAGGCCAAGAGCAGAGGGGUUCUUCCUGGUGCAGAGGGGACUCAUGAAGGGGGAGCAGAGUGGGGUCAUGUCCAUAGGCUACUGGCCUCCAGCCCCACGGGGAUAUUAGAGAACACAAUGUCAGGGAGCCAGCGGGAGUGGGAGGUGCCUAGCAUUCCAGGGGAACCCCAGGCCCUAAAGGAAGACUUCGCUCUGGAGAAACCACAAGAGGAAACAGGAGUGAUCAGUGGGACCAGGAGGAAGGAGCGGGCAGAAGUGGCCCUGCAGGAUGCAGUCAAGAGCCUGCGAUGUAGGCUCCGGAAGACCGAGGAGCGGGCCCAGCACCAGGAGCAGCUGCUGAAGGAGAAGGAAGGGGAGCUGCAGACGCUGCAGGAGCAGCUCAGCAGGGGUCAGGAAGAGAGGGCCCGGCUGCAGACAGAGCUGGAGCAGAAGCAGCAGGAGGCCGAGAGGAGCACCGCCAUGUAUGAGAAGGAGCUUGGAGGGCAGCGGGACCUGGUCUGUGCCAUGAAGAUGAGGGUGCUGGAACUGAUUCAAGAGAAGGAUGACCUGUGGCAGAAGGUCCAGCGUCUCUCUUCCAUGGCUCCCGGAUGCUGUGUUGACUGCAGCAAGGUCUUUGGCCGGCUGUCUCGGCGGUACCCGUGCAGGCUCUGCGGAGGCCUGGUUUGCCAUGCCUGUUCUGUGGAUUACAAGAAGAGAGGGCGCCACUGCCCACCCUGCUCCCAGAAGGGAGCAGCUUAGGUCGACCGAUGAGAUCACCCAGGACUGGCCACCCCACAGCCCAUCAUCUCCCUCCCCUCCACCCUUCCACCCCUCUGGUCUGACCAGUCUUGCCUUUCAGAAUUUGGUGACCUUAGGCACAAUAGCACUUGUGUGCGCAUUCUGCAGUGUGGGCAUGGAAGGAGCCGGGCUGGCAGGCAGGAGGCAGGAAGCAGGAGGCCGGUUGGAGCCCUGCAUCCACCAUCCAUGAGCUGGGUGACUUGAGAGAGCUCACAGCUGUCUGGGCCUCUUCUGUAAGUGAGGGCUCCAAGCACCAUCCUCUCUAAAGUUCCUCCAGGCUCAGAACAUCCUUGACCGAGAAGAAGACCCGGCGGCUCUGACAUUCCUCCACACUCCCACCUCACCCAGCCCACCACUCCCCACACUCAGCAGCGUCCUGUCUGCUUUUGUUGUGUUUCCUGUUUAACAGCUCUCGAGUUACUAUUGACAUUUAACACGUUUCACAUAAAUUGUACAAGUUGAUGAGUUUUCACUUUAAUAUAUACCCAUGAAACCAUCUCCAUACUCAAAAUAAUGAACAUCAUUCCCAUCAUUCCCAAAGUUUCUUCAUCCCCUUUGUAUUCUCUCCCUCCUCCCCCUCUCUCCCUGGCACCCACUCAUCUGCUUUCUAUCACUGGAGACUAGUUUGCCAGAAUUUUAUAUAAAUGGAAUCCUAAUUAUGCGCUCUCUAUUGUCCGCCUUCAAUAGUCCCUUUUUACUGUUGAGUAGUAUGCCACUGCAUGGAUAUACCACAAUUUAUUUACACAUUCAGUUAUUGCCAGACAUUCGGAUUGUUUCCAGUUUGAGACUGUUACAAAUAUAUUUCCUUUAACCAUC